CUGGUGCCCCACCCCUUGACUCAGAAGCCGCUGCCUCUGGCGGCUGGAGCAGGGACGGCGGGGCUUUGGGCAGCUGUCAAAAACAAGGGUCGGGGUGUCUUCCCUAGGGCGCAGGGGGGCCGGGGGAGACGUGCUUAGUUAGCCCUGUCCCCAUCUGUUGCAAACUACACGCACUCUCCGCCGGCCCCAGGAGGAAAGGCCCCGAAGGAGAAGCCGGCGUGGCCGCGGAGGGCUGGGCAUGCCGACCGGACUCGCUCCGUGGCCGGGCAGGCCUGGUGGGGUCCCAGGGCUCCGCCACCCCGGCGAGGGGCCGGGGAUGUCGCCCCCGUCCCGGGCUGUGGAGCUGGAAGCGCCGAGGUGCGCGGAGUGGAGCGGGAAACAAAGGAGCCGAGGAGGGAGGGGAGAGAGUUGGGCCAGGGAGAGCCCCCGGCUGGCUGCCAGAAGAUCCCGGCUGGAGGAAGCCCAAGUGUCACUUGAAUUCCAACCCAGGAGGCAGCGCCCGGGGCCGAGCACCUUGUUUAACUAGUGGCUGGAGUAGUCUCCCGUAAGUUGCCGGAGCGCCAGUGAAGGAGGACCGUCGCCCGCCCCAGCCCCUCCGGCUGCUGGCCCCGACACCCCGGCGGCACCUCUCGCUGGGAGGCCAGCUCCAGAAUGAAAAGCAAGAAGGGCGUUGUUGCGGCAUCCGGCAGUGAAACUGAGGAUGAAGACAGCAUGGACAUUCCCCUGGACCUUUCCUCUUCAGCAGCCUCAGGCAAGAGAAGGAGGAGGGGCAACCUGCCCAAGGAGUCAGUCCAGAUCCUGCGGGACUGGCUGUAUGAGCACAGAUAUAACGCGUACCCCUCGGAGCACGAGAAAGCGCUGCUCUCGCAGCAGACCCACCUGUCCACGCUACAGGUCUGUAACUGGUUCAUCAACGCCCGCCGCAGGCUCCUCCCUGACAUGCUGAGAAAGGAUGGCAAAGAUCCAAAUCAGUUCACGAUUUCCCGCCGUGGGGCCAAGAUUUCAGAAGCUAGCUCUAUGGAAGCUGCAAUGGGUGGUAUCAAAAACUUCAUGCCAGCUCUAGAAGAGAGCCCGUUUCAUUGCUCAGCUGGACCCAGCCCAACCCUAGGGAGGCCAGCGUCUCCCAAACCUUCCUCCCCAGGAUCCAUUUUGGCUCGCCCAUCAGUGAUCUGCCAUACCACUGUGACUGCGUUGAAAGAUGGGCCUUUCUCUCUCUGCCAGCCGGUCGGUGUGGGACAGAGCACAGAUGUACAGCAAAUAGCGGCCAGCAACUUUACAGACACCUCUCUCAUGUACCCAGAGGACGCUUGCAAAUCUGGACCGAGUCCAAACCCUCAGAGCGGUCUUUUCAACACUCCUCCCCCAACCCCGCCCGACCUCAACCAGGAUUUUAGCGGAUUCCAGCUUCUAGUGGAUGUCGCUCUCAAACGGGCGGCAGAGAUGGAGCUCCAGGCCAAACUCACAGCUUAAUCGUUUUCCAGCUAAAACAGUUCUCCAAAGUAUGGUCCUGAUUGCCGGGGGUGAUAGCAAGAGAUGCAUUAUUUUAUAUAUUUUUCUAUUAAUAUUUGCACAUGGGAUUGCUCGAACGAAGCUUCCUGUUACUAAGAUGUCUUCAAUGGAAUACAGUCAUUCCAGGAACUACAGACUAAAGCUACUGUAGAAACAAAGGGUUUUCUUUUUAAAAUGUUUCUUGGUAGAAUUUUUUUUACAAUGUGAGAUGGUUCCCAAUAUCAUGUGAUCUUCUCCCCACUCCUUUUUUGUGAUGUUUUUUUUUUAUUUUUAUUUUUUUUUUAUUUUUUAAGACUGUGCAAUACGUAGAAGGCCCUAGCUAGCAUCUUUCUGUUCCCAUGUGGAUCAGGAUGCCCACAUACAGUCUAACGGAUAAACUCUCAGUUUUGUUUUUUUUUUUUAAGAUUCAAGCAAGUAUGAAUCUAGUUGUUGAAUACCUUUUUCAUGAUGUAAUAAAGUAUUUUCUUUAAAAGUUA